AUGGCCCCGCAGCCUCGGCCUCUGCCUGGGCUAGCGGACGAAAGCGAAGCGGAGGAGGAGCAGAACGAGUAUGCGCCGCUGUACUCGUUCGAGGGCCAGCCGCUGAUCAUGGCCAAGAAGACCGCGCCGGGCUACCCGGCCGUGAUGACCAACGAGAAGGACGGCGCGCUGGUGGUGAAGAUCUCCCUGUUCGGCCUGUCGGUCACGGUCCAACGCAACGGCCAGCUGAUCUACGUGCGCUUGCGCGAGGCCGCCGAGGUCAAGAACGCGCUCUUCACCCUGCCACUCCUCCAUCCCAUGCCGACAUCCAACGGGAAACGAAGCAAGAAAGCGCAGAGCGGCGAGCGAGCGGUGUUGCUCGUAGCGGUGCCGCAAGGGUUCGACCAAUCGAAGACCAAGUUCGAGGAGGGGCAGACGCUGCUCAUCAUCACCAUGGUACGGCCCGCGCUCUCGACCCGACUGCUCACGGUGACCACCACCAAGACCGACCUCUUGUGA